UGCAGAUGCAAAGCCCAUUAUGAGAAGUCUGAUGAUGGCGCCUGUGUAGGUAAGAUCAAAAAAGAUCAAAUUCUUCAAUAGCGCUAUUUAUUUGAAGCCCAUUCACCCCGGACUUGAUAAAUUUGAAAACAUUGUUUUCAUUCUGAAACUUCCCCUAACAUUUCCAUCCACGCCGUGCCGAAUAAACUUCGCCAAAUGCAACAGUUUUGGUGACAGAAACGCUUUACAUUUGCAUAAUGGGAAUAAAUCAAUCAUUUCGUCAAAAAUUAGAAACAGUGAUCUCGGCAUUUUCGAAAAGCUACAUUUGCGCUCCGAGUUGGUGUCAGUGGACGGUGCUGGUGGUGCGCGAUGUUGAUGAGUCGUCAGUGUGCAUCUCCAAUUUAUGAAUCACUGUAACAAACCCAACGUUGAAUGUCUUUAGUCAUCUUUUUUUUCUGUUUACAUGGAAGAGAGGCAGAUUACCACUAGUAGAGUGUUGUAGAUUUUAAGAUUGGUCAUCAAGGAUGUACUUUUGUUUAUCUAUGGAUCAUUAUUGUCUUCUUUUUUUUUCAAGAAAUUACUGAGUGAACAUUUGAAAAAUGUGUGCUUUAGUGGAGAAGUUCGCAAAAUAAUUGUUGACAAUCAAUUUUAAUAAUAUGAUGGACUAAAGUUAAAUUACUUCGGGACUACCUCCUCCCUUGCAUGAAUUUUUAUGUUCUAGUCAGUCAGACAUCUCUUAUUCUCGUCUCAGUGCAUAUUUUUUAGCGCGGGGGUUUCAAAUAUAUUUUCCGAGGUGCAUGAGCAGAACACAUUGCAAUCAAACAAACAUAGAAGACUAAUUUUUAGGGGUAACAUAGCGUGUAUUUAUCUUAUAUUUAUUGUAUACAUGCAGAUAUAGACGAAUGCAAAACUCCAAACAAGUGCCCAGCUAAGCACAAAUGUGUAAACAUGCCUGGUGCCUAUGAAUGUUCUUGUAAAGAAGGAUACGAGAAGGGAGAUGGCGACGAGUGCGUGAGUAAGUACCACCGAAACUUCCAAUUCGAGAUUUUUCGUAAAGGUUUGAAUAAUUUAAAUCCCUGAUGCUGACCAGGCAGUUUGCUGCCCCAAAGGUGCUGCUGCAUACAGAGUAGUUUCUCAAAGAAUUUCCGAUCAUACACAGUAGUUUCUCAAAGAAUUUUCGAUCCCCACGCGUUUGUAAAAUCGGAACGAGAAUUCUCUGUUACCGGUUUGGUUUAUUCAGGAACCUUCUGCACACGCUUUGCUGGAAUAGGGCAACGAAGUUCCCAUGCGCAACAACAAUGUAAAGCUAUGUUUUUCUGUGAACAAUUUUCUUCUCGUGGCUAGUUGUCCUUGCGUUCAUCCGAGUUAGCUGACCCUAAGAGUAUUGCAACAUCGAGCUUUUCAUCGAAGAGGUCAAGAAAAGCAAAGUUCUUUUUGCUCUUCUCCAGCUUAACAAGCAAAUGCAUGUGAUUUACUUUUAUAGAAAUGAAAUGUUCAUGCGGUGACAAUGGUAAGUGCGAUGACGACGGAAAGUGUACUUGUAAUGAAGGAUAUGAAAAAGAUGGAGAAGGAGUAUGUGAAGGUAAGUGAUUACCUUUACUUGCCUCAUCAUAAUGGUCUUUGGAUUGAGAUAAACCGAUAAAUUUCUAUGUGCUGCGUAGCUCUUUGGUUAAAUUAGAGUGCGUGCAAAGUGUCAUGGCUUUGAAAAAUCUCCAUACGAUAUUGGUUUGUUCGUUGUUGGGAACAACGGCCGCUGCAAGAUUUGUUGUGGUAAGGGGCGAAGAAGUAAAUGCAUUUUCCGUGCAACAAGAGAACUAGAACACCAGAAAGAAAACUUUGUAUGCUCAAAAGUUUUUCAAGGAAUUUCUCUAAAGUUGCGACAAAAGAUAAAUUUUAUUCUGUUUGUGCUAAACAACCUCCAGCUGUUCAAAAGUUCGCAGUGAAAAGAGUCUGAAAAUAGCAGUAUCUGAUAAUUUAGGCUUAACAGGCGGUGUUAUAUGUAAACCUUGAUCAUAAUUUGGGAAUCGGGUAUUUUGUUUGUAUGAACACAGUAUUUAAAUAACAACCAGCUUUUCAAUCUUUACCUUGAAUAUCUAUUAUACUUAUAAUAAAAAGAAAACUACACGUUAGCUCGAAGAUAUAAAUUUUAUGUUCGAGUGGCAAGAGCAAUAGCUCACUAGUUCGAUGCACUCCCUCGUGAGAUAUUGUUCUUGCCACUCGAACAUAAAAUUCAUAUCCAUGCGCCACCGUGUAACAUCCUCCAUUCAUCAUUUUCUUUUCUUUUAUUAUACUAGACAUUGACGAGUGUAAAAAAGGGGCAAAGUGCACCGGUGAUGGAGAGAAGUGUGUAAAUGAACCAGGGGGACACUCUUGCUUAUGCAGAGCGGGAUAUGUGAAUAAUCAUGGAGGAUGCGUCAAGGAACCUCGUAAGAAUUUGUUGGCAUAAUAUGAAUGUUCUUGUAUAUGAUAGCGUCCUCGAGUAAAUUGAUCUGCUUCCUGAUGAGGGAUACCUUAAUCCUAGGUCUCUCUCCUUUUCGUCAACCAAAAUUGAUGGUCAUACGUGAUGCUUAUUAGGUUUUUAAACUGUAUUAGUCUGCGACUCUUGCAAUAAAGAAAGAAUUUGAAACGUCACAAGCACUGAUAAGUAACGAAACACAUGCACUAUCCCUCGUGGAAUUGCUUAGAGCUGGUUAAUCAAGUGAAGGUGGACAUCAGUAAUACUAGAGGAUAAAGUUCGUAUUCAAGGGCAGGCAUACAAUAUCCUCUAUCUAUCUUGAACAGAAUGCAAGUGUACAUCGCACGAAGAAUGCUUCAACGGAAAGUGCAGGUGCAAGAGAGGAUACAAGAGGAACUCAAAAGGGAUGUGUGCUCGAAAACGUAAGUACUAUUCACGAGUGAAAAAAGGUGCGAACGAGUAAAAAAGAACAAAUACAGAACUGAAAGUUCUAGACGUAUCCUUUUAAUUUGGAUACUUAGACUCUGAACUCUAAUUGUGCAGCGGCUCUUACUUUCCUGGUAUGAAUUUCCAUCUGUUCGUCAUUUGGAGGAUAAAUUGUGUUAAGAUCACUUGAUUGAGCCAAUGGUGUUCUUUGUUAUCAGAAUGUAUUUCAAAGGGUAAGAAAUAUCUAUUUAGUCUGAUAGAGAGCGAGAGAAAAUAUAUUUAACAAUCUUUGAUCAUAUUAUUCAUUUUCUAUAUUUCUAUGUUAUUCAUUUUCUAUUUUUUUUUAAGGUGGCUUAGUUGGUUCAGGCUACUCUGUACACGUCACCAGUCACCUGGGCACCCUCGGCCUCGUCCUUAUGCUGCUUGGGCGCUUGGCCGUUACAGCAUGA